UUUGCACAUCUGAAGGCAAAUGUGGGGCCAGGUACACAAGUGCGUGGAACUGCUAGAUUGCGAGGAGUGGUACUACCUUGAUUGGCGGGGAAGGACCUCCACCUAGAGGUGCUGUUGCACUAAGAAAAGAAAUAUAGGGAGGGGCGAGGAAACUGUAGUACACGGAGACCCCUCACCCCUAAACGCCAGGCCCUGCAGACAGGUGUCACAUAAACAACUUCUAAACCGACAGCCCCUCUCUCUGCAGUACAGGGCGCUCCAAGUGUCGAUCGUCCUAAUGAACACUGGUGCACGUUCAAAAGAAUGACACUGUCAGUGUGUCAUCGUUCCAAGUAUAUGCGUCUUUUGAAAAAGCACUCUGGCCUGCCGGCCUGGUAGUUAUGCUCGACUUCAUUCGGAGCGGAAGAUCUGUCAGUUGAAGGCUUGCAUGGACCAGUUUCUGAAAAACUUCCUUCCGUCCCUGUAAUUUACCAAGGAAUGGAGAAGGAAGAGGCUGGGGUUUCGACUUUUGUCCAAAACACGAUGGAGCCAUUUCUCUGUGAACAUGAACGCUGAUCCACAAAAGAAGGAACAAUGAUGGUAGCAGCAGUGCUAUUUCUGCUCAUGUCAGUGUCACAGUGUGCUUGGGGAUAUGAGGAUGGUGCCCCAGACAGUGCUUGUAGCAGUCUCACACCCAGCCAUGAUUCAGCUCAGACACAGACAACACCUUCGCCUUUUCGUAUUUCUGUCAACCCAACUACCUACACACCUGGCGGUAGCAGCUUAACAGUGACACUGGACUCUCCCUGUGGAACACCAUUCAAAGGAUAUUUGCUGAAAGUAGACUAUGCAGAAGUCAAUCCAAUCACUGGCUUAUUGGGCAGCUUCAAUACUCCAGCAGGCUCAAAGUCUGUUUGUACAGGUAAUGGUAGGACUCACCAAGACAGCACCAACAAGCUGAGUAUCCAGUUCCAAUGGACUCCACCACAAUCAAGUGCUGGGACCAUAAUGUUUCGGGCAACAUUUGUCCAGUCGAAGACAAUAUUCUGGGUUGAUGUACAUUCCGAUCCAGUUUAUGAAGCCGGCAAGACAACUCCUCCACCUGCUAGUCUUGUCUCCCCAGUACGCACAACAAUUUCACCCCAAGGAAAUGGCUGCCCUGCAAAGUCUUCUUUUACAAAAGAUCCAAACUGUGGCAAGACCAAAGGUUGUUUCUCAGACUGCGUUGGAGAUUCGUGCAGCUUUCUAGUGACAUGGGUUCCUUCAACAAACUCUGUGAACAUCACCCUGCAGGCUUCUGUAGCCUCAAGUAAUCGCUAUAUUGCUCUUGGUCUCUCCAAUGAUUUGAACAUGGGUGACGACAGUGUCAAUGAGUGUAUUUAUGAUGGAUCUACAGCCGCUGUGUACAACUCAUAUAAUCCAGGCAAGAGUAACCAAAAACUUGGUCAGGAUGGUUUGACCCUCAGUAGCUGGUCAUAUAGAAGCCAGAUUUUGACCUGUGAAUUUGUUCGAAUGAAAGCAGUAGGACUGAGUGGCCAGCGCUUCACACUUUCUGGCAAAUCAUACAUACUUUUCUUCGCCACUGGUCCAUCAAGUAAUGGGGAUAUUUCGGAGCAUGAUUCUGAACCAGCAGCAACAGGAACUGCAGUCAGCCUUGAAGAUACCACAGUGGAUAUUUCCAAAACUGAAAUCACAUCACCGCUGGUGAAAGCACAUGGCAGCUUAAUGAUGGUGGCUUGGAUAUUUGCGGCCAGUGUGGGCAUAGUGAUGGCACGCUACUUCAAGCCUAUGUGGCCAGACAGUAAGCUGUUUGGACAGAAAGUCUGGUUUCAGAUUCACCGUGGCUCCAUGGUUCUUGUCCUACUCUGCACUGUCAUAGCUUUCAUCAUUAUUUUUGUGGAAGCAGGAGACUACAGUGAGAUAUCAGGGGAAGAUUUCAAAAAGGCUCAUCCUGUUCUUGGCAUCAUUGUAACAGCUCUCUGUAUAAUUAAUCCUAUCAUGGCGCUCUUCAGGUGUCACCCCGGUACCAAGAACCGGCCCAUUUUCAACUGGGCUCACUGGGCUGUUGGAUUUACAGCAUACAUUCUUGGAGUGUUAACCAUCUUUUUUGGUGUGAAACUUGAAGGAGCUGGUGCACCAGAAUAUAUUAUAUAUGUGCUAGCUGCCUUCGUCUGCUGGCAAAUUUUUGUCUUCUUGAUACUGGAGCUUGUGCAGCUGCUGGGAAAGAUACUUCCAGACAACGAUUCAUAUGAAAUGGGUGAACCUCACUUACCUGCAAAGCCUGUAGGAGAGAAGAAGGAGGCUGUUCUUGCCAAGAAUGUGCUGCUGGCGAUUCACAUCGCAGCACUGACUGGUUUUAUCAUCGCUCUUCUUGUCAUCCUCAAUAAAGGCAGUGAAUAAAUAAAAGAACAGAUUGGAAUUCUUUCAGCUGAUGCCAUACAGCAUGUAAUAUGUGGGGAAGUAACGAGUUUAGCAAGUAUAUAGUUGGACCUCUUCUGGAAAGCAGCCAUCACUUGCCGAAUUGUUACUUUUGUGUCUCAUAUUUUGCCUUCAUCAGCUCCCUUCAGAGUCUUAGUGCUUGUAUUCACAAGGUCAACAAUAAAGUGAAUUUUGCACUUCCAGCUCAUUCUAGGCACAAUCUUUUACAUUUCCUUCGAACUGCCCAUCAACGCCAUUGAAUAUCCAGUGAGCUAUAUAUAUAUAAUGUGUUUGAAAUGACUUGCAUGAGGAAAAGAGGAAGUGAGAGAUAGAUUAGUUGACAUAAAUUACUCGAUGUGUGUGCCUGCAUGCUCAAUGUUUUAUAAAAUUUUAUGAUUGUGCAGAUAUAAAAGUAUGUGUGUAAAUAUUUGAUAUAUAAAAUUUAGGUUAUGUACUCCUGGGAGAGUGAAGUAACAAAGUAUCUAAUAAGAAUGAUAUUGAAAAAGGAAGUUAAAGUGUGUAUAUUGUCGAAUAAAAUCCAAUUUCAAGUCAGAAUUGGAUGGGUAUUCUGUGGGUUCUCAACUAGCCUGUAUAAGGAGACGAAACUAUGAGAAGUAUAGUUGUAUUUUUGUCUAAGGUUUAGAUGUGUAUUGAAUGAGAUGCUGCAGGUCAGCAUCUGGAAAGCUUUCUAUGAGAAAAUCGCAGGAAUCCUUUUCUAAAGAUUUCUCAUUUUCAUACUGAUGGGUGCAUGUUCAUAUUUUGAGUGUAUGAAGCAGAUAAAGUAAAAGAGUGUGUGUGCACAUAUGUUUACAUGUUUACAUUCUUAUAAGAGUGCAAAGGCACACGUAUCAUAGAUGUAACAUUUAAUUCUAGUAUUUAUUGAAAAAUUGAAUCUGUAAUAAAGUACUUUUAAAGUACUCAUUUUUACACUGUCAGAAUUUAUCCAACUGUUUUGGAGAUUUCGAUUUCAUGGUCAUGACCAUGAUGAUGUGGCAGUAAGUUCACAUAUUAUAGAACGAUGAAGUUCACUAAAUUUAGGAACACACAUGGCUUGCAGAAAAAAUUAUAUAUAUAAUUUUUAUAAUUUAUGAAUUAUACAUUUUAUCUAUUUGUGAUACAAAUAGGCUGCUGUAAGUUGUUAAAUUUUUUUUUUUUUCAUUUUCAGUCAGCUUUUGAUUUUGCCAGUAUUUUAGUUUUAAAGAAAGUGUGCUUGUGAUUUUCAAAUGGGAGAAAGAAAUGUGCAAAGCUCAACGUCCUUUUUACAUGGUAAGCGUAUGGCUAUGAAGCGAUAGAGGUAGAACAUAGCAUUUUUAUAUACAUAUAUUUUGUUAAAUUUCCCAGUCCUCUUACAUGUAUACUGUACAUUUAUACUGUGUGAUUGUUUUCUUUAUAUUAGAUGUAGUUUCUUUGUUACUGUGAAUAUUAACUUUGUUAUUAAGGACAUUUAAAAUGUAUUGAGCGUGAUGAAUAGGGCACUAGCCAAUUAGCUUUUCUUUGUUGCUAUUUUGUUUUAUGUUUUUGGUCAUGAUUUUAACAUUGUUGUUCUUGUUUAUUCUGUGUUCACUUGUCAGAUUUUAAUUUCUGAGCAAAGAAUGUUACCACUUUUUGGUACUUAUAUGAUUAUUUUGCAUCACCAUGUUUUCAUUUUUUUCCCCUUUCUGGGAUCAUCUGAGAAUACUAAUAAAUGUAUUGUAGGUCUGUUGAUUAAAAAUUUGCUCUAGCAGAUGUGUACAGCCAAGAAUAUUCUGAAAAUAUAUUUUAAUAUACAAAGCAUUUCUGAAACUUUUAUAAAACAGUUCAUAGAGUUGGAAUCCUUUUAUGUAAUAAUCACAUAAUGUUUUCAUUUACUUGCAUGCAGAACUGGCUACUUUUAAAAAUUCACAUUAUUUUUGACAUAUCUAUGCAUAGUUCUGCUGUGAAGAGACAAAUUAUUAUGAUUCUAUUUUUGUGUUUAGUUGAAAUGCAAAAUGGUCAGUCCCAGAGUCCA